AUGUCAUUGAUACCAAGUACGAAUCCGUUCAAUGUUCCUAAACCAUGGAUAACAAUUCCAACUGAACUUAUUGGUUCAUUACCGAGAACUACGGCAUUAUUAGAAGGUCAACUAGCGUAUAAAGCAGGCCACAUUUCACUAACUCAACUAGACAGAUUGCAAGACAAAGCAGUUCGGCAAACAUUACUUGAAUUAGAAAAAACUGGACCAGGUCAAAUCACUGAUGGUGAGCAAGCUAAACCAAAUUUUCUUGCCUAUCCAAUAGCUCCAUUGUAUUCAUCCUCAUAUUCAUUUGAUGAUAUUAUUGAUUGUUUUACAAUAACGUUUUCUGACAGACAUCAACGAUCAUUACCUCGUCUUACACAAGCUCCAUUUCGAUAUGGGAAAUAUGCUGUUGAUUAUCUUUGUCGAGCUCAACAGUAUACACGCAGACAAAUAAAACAAGCUGUUAUAUCUCCAUCUGCUCUGUCGAAUGUUUAUCCUCGAGCAACAAUAUCUGGUUAUUCUCGUGAUCAAUUUCUUGAUGAUUUGGUCAACGAAACUGAAAAAGAUAUUCGGCUAUGCUUAGAACUUGGUGCUGAUAUCGUACAAAUGGAUUUUACGGAAGCACGCUUAUCAAUGAAAAUGGAUCCAUCAGGACAAAUAUUAAAACAAUUCAUUCAAUUAAACAAUCGGGUUUUAGAUAGGUUUCUUGAUAAUGCUGCAUAUCAGUAUAAAAUUGGAGUGCACGUUUGUCCAGGUGGUGAUAGAGAUUCUCAUCAUUCAUUAGAUGUUGACUAUUCUACAGUAUUACCAUCCAUAUUCGAUUUGCAUGUGUCAACGUUUUAUUUAUCAUUAGCAUCAGAACGUGAUCGAAAGAAGUGUUUAACUAUUAUUAGAACAUUCAUGAAGCCGUACCAUCGUAUUUUUCUUGGUGUGAUUGAUCCAAAUGAUGCACGAGUCGAAACAGCUGAACAAGUAUGUGAUCGAGUAUUAGAAGCUGCUCGAUUUAUACCCAUUGAACAAUUGGGUACAACAGAUGAUUGUGGAUUUUCACCAUUUUCAGAUGAUGAAUCAACAACACGAUCGAAAGCAUAUGAUAAAAUACGUGCACGUGUAGAUGGAACUCGAAUGGCUGAAAGAAUAUUAAAUUCAAGAAAAUAA